UAUUUAAAUCAAUGUACGUAUGUACAUGAAAAUUGAUUUUUUAAUAUUGGCAACACUUAAUACUCCACCAUGUUGUUUCUCCAAGAAAUCGGCCAUUUUCGUUAAGUCUGCGUUUUCUUCAUAAUUCAACAUGAAGAUCGGUCUUUGUGCAUACAGUGGAUAUAAAAUAUAUCCCGGCCAUGGUAAAACAAUGGUGAAAGUGGAUGGAAAAACAUUCACUUUUCUAAAUUCAAAAUGUGAAUCUGCACAUUUAAUGCGACGUAAUCCAAGAAAAGUCACAUGGACUGUAUUAUAUAGACGAAAGCACAAGAAGGGGCAAGAAGAAGAACAAACGAAAAAGAGAACAAGACGUACUCAAAAAUUCCAACGUGCUAUUGUAGGUGCAUCUCUUACUGAUAUUUUAGCAAAACGUAAUAUGAAACCAGAAAUUCGUAAAGCACAAAGAGAUCAAGCAAUCAAAGCUGCGAAGGAACAGAAAAAAGCUGCAAAAGCAUCAAAGAAAGCAGUUGCACCUCCUAAAGCAAAAACUCUACCAAAGCAUAAAAUUGCAAGAGUAACACAAAAAUCAGCCCCACGUGUCGGAGGAAAACGAUAAAUUUCCGCAUUGUAUAAAUAAAAUGAAACUUUAUAUUUAAAAAA